AUACAAACAUACGAACAGUACAAACUAGAGCGACAAAACAUACAAACAGAUUUACAAACAUUACAAACGUAUGAACUGUACAAACAAUACAAACUAGAUUGACAAACAAUACAAACCAUACAAAAAGAAAAAACAACCGGGUUGACUUUGGAGGCUCCAUCCCUGUAUAGAGGGGCUCCUUCCCAAAGUCAACCCGGGUGUUUUUUAGACAUACAAACAGUACGAACAUGGUGGACAAAAAUGACAAACUAGACCGGCAAUCCAUACAAACGGGAAAAAACACCCGGGUUGACUUUGGAGGCUCCAUCCCUAUAUAGAGGGGCUCCUUCCCAAAGUCAACCCGGGUGUUUUUUAGACAUACAAACAGUACGAACAUGGUGGACAAAAAUGACAAACUAGACCGACAAUCCAUACGAACGGGAAAAAACACCCGGGUUGACUUUGGAGGCUCCAUCCCUAUAUACAGAAGUUCCAUCCAAAAGUCAACCAGGUUGUUUUUUAGACAUAAAAAACAUUACAAACAUGGUUGACAAAAAUGAUAAACAUGGUGCACAAAAAUAACAAAGUUUACGAACAUUACAAAAUAACAAAGCGUACAAACAUUACAAAAUAUGUCAACAAACAUCACAAAAUUGGCACUGUCGCCGGAAAAUUCUUCUCUGUCCACUAUGGUCGCCGGGAAAAAAAUUUCCGACCAGAAAAUCUUUCUGACCAGAAUCUCUCUCUCUCUGGAAUAAUGGCGCACAAGAACUCUGAGGAAAUUCCCCAUGGAAAUAAUGGUGCCCAGUUGCCCAGGAAUUCCCCUGGCGGCGCAAUUAUCGGAACGAAGAUGGGAGGCGACGCGACGGGGGACGGACGGCGCUGGGUUAUGUUUUUUUUAUUUCUUUUAUAAUUAAAAGUUAAAAAUAAACAUGCAAUUACUACAUUGCCCUUCACUAAAUUGAAUUAAUACGAGCCCUUGGAUUUUAAUGAGAUGCGAGGGUGUAGAUUAACUUAGCCAUGUGACUAAGGGGACCCCCUAGUCACCAGAUCUUAGCCCCCUAUAUAGAGGGGCUCCUUCCCAAAGUCAACCAGGGUGUUUUUUUAGACAUACAAACAGUACGAACAUGGUGGACAAAAAUGACAAACUAUACCGACAAUCCAUACGAACUGAAAAAACACCCGGGUUGACUUUGGAGGCUCCAUCCCUAUAUAGAGGGGCUCCUUCCCAAAGUCAACCCGGGUGUUUUUUAUACAUAAAAAACAUUACAAACAUGGUUGACAAAAAUGAUAAACACGGUACACAAAAAUAACAAAGUUUACAAACAUUACAAAAAAAACCAACAAACAUUACAAAAUAACAAAGCGUACAAACAUUACAAAAAAACCCGACAAACAUUACAAAAUAACAAAGCGUACAAACAUUACAAAAUAAACCGACAAACAAUACAAAGCAUACUAACAGUACAAAAUCUCUCUCUCUCUCUCUCUCUCUCCCUCUCUCUCUCUCUCUCUCUCUCUCUCUCUCUCUCUCUCUCUCUCUCUCUCUCUCUCUCUCGUAGCUGUUGGGUUGGGAGGAUAAAUUAAUCCCAUGGCCCUGGGAACAGAGGUGCAGGUCGCCGGGAAAUGCCCAGGAAACGGGCGCGCGGAUGCGGACGGUCUUCGCCGGAAAAUGCCAAGGGAAUAGGCGCGCGGAUGCGGACGGGGAGAGUUGGAUUAUUUUUUUAAUCGUUAAAUAAAUUAAUUAUAUAAUUACCAUAUUACCCUUCAUUAAAAUGGAUUAAUCUGAACCAUUAGAUUUUAAUGAGGUGGAAGGACUGAGAUUGACUUAGUCAUGUGACUAAGGCCCCGUCUUAGUCACCUGAUCCUAGCCCCUUUGGUACUCCAGCCGGCUGGUAAAUUGCCGCCAGGAAUGGGCCCUAUGCUUAUGAAUCGUUCAAUAUUGGGCCUGGGCUUCCCAGCCAUCGUCGAACAUCAAAGCCCAUAUUGGAAAAAGCCAUCUUUACGCGCGCUCUCUACACCCGCUAAAGAAACAACUACCAGAUCCGAAACCCUUGCAAUCAUCUCAUCAAAACCCUAGCCGCUUCCUUUCCACCAUCUCUCUCUCUCUUAUAAGUAGCAGUGCCUGCGUUUCCUCUCAUAUCUCCUCCAGAUCUACCUCCAGGUUUAGGGUUUUCAUUUUGAUUCUUUCGCCUUUUCCUUUACUGCUUCUCCUUCGGUUUUCGUGUUUCUCUAACUGUAGCGGGACGGUGACGAUUACUAUCAUGAAAGGUCUCGUUCGUCGUAAUGGCUGUAAAAGGCCUUGACGACCAUUCUGAUAUAUCACCACCCAUAUUCUGAGUCCCCUUCAAUUACUUUCUUCUCUUUCAAAAAACCCAGAUCAAAGUUUUAUUCUUUUUUCUGGCGAUGUGGUAUGGCCGAUGAUUUAAUAUCGAAAAUUGACAAGCAUAUGUCUGAAUUUUAUCCAUGUUGAUACGCCUAAUCUUCUCUAUGAGGCCAUUGCAAUUCGAUUUCAAGAUCUAUUCUUUCCAUCUGGGUUUUCAAUGUUUUCGUUUUUUUUUUGCCUGUGAUGAGAACUGGUGAUAUUGUGUCUGUAUGACGAAUAGUUUGAUUGCAUAACAAACCACUACUGCCUUCCUUCUGAGGCCAUGUUUCCUCUGUUUGUUUUUUAACAAGAUUUACUGUUUUUCAUGGAUUUUGAUUAAUGGGGUCAGGUGAUGAUUUAUAAUGCAUAGUUCAGCUGAGUAAUCACUGUGAUUAGAUAAAUCCUUUUUAGUCUUUCGCUCCUAUCUGAUGACCCUGAAAUCGUUUUCUUUCUCAAUGUUUUUUCAUGACUUUGAGAAAUCUUGUUGUGUUGUUUGUGUGAGGAUGGCUUAUGAUUUCUCUUUUGACAAGCAUAUGGCUGAAUCUAAACAUCAUGUCGACAACCCAAAUCGGAUUCCCUAUGAGGCCAUUGUUUUGCAUGUUUAUUCACUACUUUUAUAUGGACACCAUUUUGAAGCUAAUUGCAUAUACUGGUUCUUCGAGUGGGGUUUGUCUGCUCUGGAAGGGGAACAGACUCAACAAUCUCAGUUUUGGUUGCUCUGGCUUGUUCUAAUGUUGUAGAUAGUUGUUGGGUUGGUCCAAUUCCGUCAGCUAAAGGAGACAGUUCUGCAGCAUAUUUAGCUUCCGGAAGAGGAUUGCUAAUGUUCGUAUGCUUGUACUCUGUUUUUAACUGUGUUCGAUCAAUUUACCAUGUAAUUUAGUCGCUAUUGGCUCUAUGAUAUCCAGUUGGGGUUAUCUGUUAAAAUAUAUGUUUUCUCGUGAAUUAGCUAGUAGCAGUUCUUCAUCCACAUACCAUUGUAUCAUGAUUUUUUUCGUAUCGCUACAAUGUACAGUGUUUUGGCAAUUUAUAUAUUGUUAUGUAACUUUCCAUGAUUUGUGAAAACAUAUCUGAGAUUGCUAUAACACAACUUACUACCUAUUGCAAAAGUUGCAGUAAUUGUGUUUUCAGUGAGAUACUUAAGUUGUUCCAAUGUUCUCAAUUCAUAAAGAAAUUAGUCAUAAACAACGCUCAACGCAACAGGCUGGUUAUAAUCCAAGGAUAUGACAUUAUUGGUCUUAUCAUAUUGGUAAGUUCAUAAUAUGAUGUUGUUGUGACAUUAAAGAGAGUUUUAGCAUAGUGGUAAGAUCUUUGAUAUUAUGGUAAUAAGUCAUAGAACAGAGUCUCACUAUAAUGAUAAGAUUAUGAUACAAGUAUAUGACACACAACUAUGUCUUACCACAAAUUUUAAGAUCACUAUAUGAUGAUCUUAUGACAUAAAAUAUGGUUUUAGGUUGGUUGGAUCUUAGCAUAGUCGUAACAAGGUAUGAAAAUUCUUACUAUUGUGGUAUGCUAAUGUUACGAAUGUGGCAUAUAGUUGAUGCGGAAUUUGUAUUUUUGAAACUCAUUUGAUGGAUCUAACCACCGUCAUUAAUUUGUUGUCAUUGGUCAUGCUCUUUUGUAUGACGUUAUUUUUUUAAGAUUUUUGUUUAUGUUUUGAUAACUAAAACAUGUCUGAUUAACAUAUUUCAACGAAAUAAAUUAAUGAGUUUUCAUUUAUAUUCACAUUUGAAUGAUAAAUUUAUCUAGUUUUAUAAUGGAGGCCAAAUUUUUAAACAUAUUGUUAUAUGCUUUGACAAAACCCUUGUUCGUUGUAUCAUGUUUUUUUUUUCUUUUUUCCAUGUAGGCACUAUUUUGCUAUUACGCAUCGAACCGGUAAUUUCCCAAGUUUAGUGUUUCCAAUUAUAUAUACAGUUACACCAUAAAAAUUGAACAUUUAAUGACAUACUUAAAAACAUUAAAUACUCCAAAAACUCAGUUAAGAAAGAACACAAAAUUAGUUCAUGAACUGACCAACUCAACCUAAAAAAAGCUCUGUUUUUUUUUGCUUAUCCCCUUUCCCCUUUACAAGUGUCUCAUCACCGUUUCAUUCUCUCCUUCCUCCUCCGCAUCACAUGCUUUCCGACCCAAUUCCGUUUCACAAUUUCACUGCCAAACAAAAAAAAGAGAGAAACUCCAUUACUCAACACUCUCAGUCUCUCACAGCUUCUUCACCACUCCCUCACUCAAACCAGAAGAAAUGUACGCAAAAUACGCGAAAUCGUCGGAUUCCGACCUCACCAGCCUCGAGCCGUCGUCGCCGCGAUCCCCAAAGCGGCCGGUGUACUACGUCCAGAGCCCAUCCAGAGACUCACACGACGACGGCGACAAAUCCGCCACCGCAUCUUCCUCCUCGCUGCCCAACACCACUCCGAUCGAUUCCCCUUCCCACCCUUACUACCACCCGGGCCGCCACUCACGCGCAUCCUCAUCGAGCCGCGUCUCCGGCGGAUCCUACCCCUCCUCCGCCUCCGCCACCCGGAAACCCACAGGGAAAAUCAGACGGUGGCCCAGUUCCGCCGGGAACUUCCACGUCAUCCUCGAGGAAGGAGGAGGCGAUUAUGAUGGCUACGGCGACCCGGCCAGGUGCCGGGUCCUGCUGGCGGUCAUGGGUUUGGCCGCGAUUUUCACGGCGUUCUGUUUCCUUCUCUGGGGCGCCAGCCGUCCUUUCAGCCCCCAAAUUACUGUCAAGAGCUUGACGGUUCACAAUUUCUACUUCGGGCAAGGAUCGGACUUGACAGGGGUCCCGACGAAAAUGCUCACCACCAACUGUUCCGUGGGGAUCAAGGUUUAUAACCCGGCUUCGUUUUUCGGAAUCAGCGUGAGCUCGACCCCGGUUCGUAUCCUGUUCUCCCAGCUCGUUGUCGCGACAGGCCAGCUGAGGUCGUAUUACCAGCCGAGGAAGAGCCACAAGGCGGUCUCAGUCAAUGUCAAGGGGAUGAGGGUGCCUCUCUACGGCGCAGGGGCGAGCCUGACAAGAUCGGCAGAGGAGGAAGUGCAAGUUCCGGUGAGGUUGGUGUUUGAAGUGAGGUCGAGAGGCUACGUUGUGGGGAAGCUGGUGAAGUCUAGGCACACACAGAGGAUCUCUUGUGCCCUGAUGUUUGAUUCUCGAACAAGCAAUCCCAUUCGGCUUAAGAAGCAUUCUUGUACAUACAAGCUCGUAUGAUCUCGAGCAACUUCUGUAGUUGAGCAAAGAAUUGUGCUGUCAAGUGAUGACAUAGGCAAUAAAAGAUCUACAACAGA